GGGGGAGGUGAGGACUACAGUUCCCGGCAGGCUGUGCGGUGGAGUGGAGGAUUCCCCGGGAGCGGACGGGAAGAAGAAGGAGGCCGGAGGGAGACAACAAGACGCUACAAUGGGGGCGGUGUGGGGCCGAAGAAUUGCCGGUGUGGAAGACAUCGAUAUCCAGGCCAACUCUGCUUACCGCUAUCCACCCAAAUCCGGAAAUUACUUUGCCAGUCACUUCUUUAUGGGUGGAGAGAAGUUUGAGACCCCGCACCCUGAGGGGUACCUGUUUGGGGAAAACACAGACCUCAACUUUUUAGGGAACCGGCCUGUCCAGUUCCCAUACCUGACUCCGGCCCCUCAUGAACCGGUGAAGACUCUGCGCAGUCUGGUAAACAUCCGCAAAGAUUCUCUGCGACUCGUCCGAUACAAAGAAGGUACGGACAGCCCCCUGGAGGAUGGCGGGAAGCCAAAAGUCUUGUACGGUUUGGAGUUCACCUUUGAUGCUGACGCACGGGUUGCGAUUACGGUUUACUGUCAGGCCAGUGAAGAGUUUGCUGGAGGGAUGGCUGUGUACACUCCCCGCACUACAGUCAUGCAGUCCCAGACGGUUUAUUAUAAGCGAGGACUGUCCCAGCAAUUCUCUCUGCCAGUGUUUAAAAUCGACUUCAGUGAUUGGAAAGAUGAAGAAUUGAACUUUGAUCUGGAUAAAGGAGUUAUUCCACUUGUCAUUCAGGCCGUGGUUGCGGAGGGAGGAGAGGGGUCCGGACACGCUCACGUGCUUUUAGCUGCUUUUGAAAAGCAUGUGGAUGGCAGUUACUCUGUGAAGCCUCUGAAGCAGAAGCAGAUUGUGGAUCGAGUCAGUUAUCUGUUGCAGGAAAUCUAUGGCAUUGAGAACAAGAACAACCAGGAGACCAAGCCCUCCGAAGAUGAGAACAGUGACAAUAGUAAUGAAUGUGUGGUGUGUCUCUCUGACCUGAGGGACACCCUGAUCCUACCAUGCCGUCACCUGUGUCUCUGUAACUCGUGUGCCGACACCCUGCGCUACCAAGCCAACAACUGCCCCAUCUGCAGGCUGCCUUUCCGCGCUCUUCUACAGAUCCGAGCUGUGCGGCGGAAGCCUGGCCCUCUCCCACCCAUCUCAUUCAGCCCUGUGCUGGCCCAGAGCCUGGACCAUGAUGACAACUCUGGAGCAGAUAACAUCCCUCCAGGGUUUGAACCCAUCUCUCUGUUGGAGGCCCUGAACGGUCUGCGGUCCCCUCCCUCCAGCGCCCCGCUCUAUGAAGAAAUACCGUACACCGAAGGCCUGCCGGCUCGGGGGACCCCUGACAAUUCCCACAACAAGAACAAGCACAUAAAGACCUCUGACAGCGGUCUGCGAUCACCAUCAUCUCCUAUCCAUGAAGAGGACGAGGACAUGUCUGGAGGGUGUGAUGGCGAGAGGCCAGCCGUGCUCGGAUCGCUCAGCAGAGACCCCUCGCACACAGAGACAAUCUCAUCCGCUGACACUCCAGAGAUUGUCUCCGCACACCAAGGGUCCCGAUCUCAGUCUCAGCUCAGUGAACCGAUUGAAAGUCCAGAAUCCCAGGAGCUCAAGGAUGACGAUGCCCAGGAUGUGACAGCGCUGGGACCAGACUCCUGCUCCAUUGGCAUUGAUGAAUGACGGGUCGUUUUCACAAAUGAGACCAGCGAACAAAUUUUCCCUGUCCAUCCCUCCCGUUGAUCACAUUGGGUAUUCCAGAGAGGGGAAGAAAAAAAGGAAGUUAUCCUCUUCUCCAAUCAUUUACAUUCCAAGGGAGGGCGGCAGAGAGACCCGCGCAUCCUGUCCCAACUUGCGGUCGCCUUUUUAGCGAUGCUACACUAUGCCGUGCCAGGCCGUGUGUGUGUGUAUAUAUGUCAGUUUAGUGCCAGCUUGAUGUGCCAUGCAGCAGUGUGUGUUGUGCCAGCCUUAUGUGUACAGCUGUGUGCCGGCCUGCAUGUCCGCAUUGCUCUGUGUAUAUAUGUUAGUCUGAAGCUCAGAUCUCUGUCCUUGGAUGGGGACAGAGUGACAGCUGACCCCUCUUGUGGGGGGACUUUUCAGAGUGAAAUGCCACAUUUACAAGGUCACUGCAUCGUUAUGACACCCACCUAUAUAUAUUCUGUACACAGCCCAGUGUAUAUCAUACGGUACAUAGCAGACCUUUGCCCAGACAUUUAAAGGGCUAGUCCAUUCCACUCCACUAGCCAGGGGUGGGAGAAGCAUGGGAGGGGAAUAUGUAAAUUACACUUAUUUAAAUCUCGAUUUCAGGUUGAGUCCCAGUCCUAGACCUCUGGGUCCCACCUACCUGCUCCUCCCCCAAUAAAAGGAUGGCACCAUAUAAGGGAAGUAUCGGGAUGUGGUCCCAGAAGUCAUGUGGGCCUUUCAGGCAGAAGGUAUGGAGAUUGAUGACUUGGAGGUGAUGGUGGAAUUAAUUCUACCCCACUCUCGCCUAGUUUCAUCAGCUGGUGAUAGGUGGAUUUGACCUGGAGGGUAAAGGCCCCGUACACACAUAUUCCGACAACAAUUCCGACGGGACGUGUUUUGUUGGAUAAUCCAACCGUCUGUAUGCUCCAUCGGACAAUUGUUGGAAUUUCCGACAACAAAUGUUGGCUGUUCAUGCUCUCAAAUUGUUCGACAACAAAUGUAUUCUGCCGGACUAAAAUUCAAACUACAAACGUGCAUGCUCCGAACCCAUGCUAACCAUCAGACAACAAUGGCAGAAGUUGCCCAAAGAGGGUGGCGCUAAAGAGCUGAAAAAAUAUGUAGUUUU